AUUCGGCGCCCAUGGCACACAUCCCCUUUCAAACAACAAACUUUACUGCCUAGCUACCGGUAUCAUAGAACUUCUCUGACCAGAGUGACAGCAACAUGAGGGCCAAACAAAGCGAUGAUGAAGAACUGUCGGGAAAAUCAAAGGCAGAAGAACCGGAAUUAAGUGUCCAUGACAAAACAACCACACAGGACAGCACAGAAAAAGACAAGAAAAAGAAGGAAGAGGUGGAUGAUGAGACCGCAGCAAUGGAGGAAGACGCCAAGAGUACCGAUGAAGACAAGACCAGGUCCAUUCGCGCCAGAAAAGCUCUCUUUGCUGCGAUUGAAGGAGGCGCUGGAGAGGAGGACUUGGACGAGGAAGGGGAUCCGCUGACACAUCGUCCUUUGGUGCGUCUGUUUGAAUCUGCGAGAGAAUAUCGCAAAAUAGACCCCAACUCCACUGCCCGUGACAACAAAGAUUUGCUGUUUGACGUUGUCAAGGGUUUUCACAAGGGUCACGCUCGCCGACUCUUUGCGGCCUUGAAGCCGAUUGUCCAGCAAGUCGUCGAUGGUGAAACAUACGUUCCAGAGUCAAUCUAUCAUGACGACAACAGAACCUUGAAUACUGCCGACGACAAAACCUUGGCACCCGAGGACAUUAUUCCAGAUGCACGGUCGUCCGAGGCACUCUCCUUUCUCUUCUACACGGCUCGCAUGCUUCAAAUUUACCUGGACGGAGUAGUACAAAAACAAUCCAAAAAUUCGCGGCGAAAAUCCUUGGCAGGCCAAGAACUACCCGUCAUUACGGAGGCCUAUGAUGUUGCAAAUGUCUUGCAUGAUGUUUUGCUCAAAUUAUUUGAGUGCGGACCAGACGCGGUUCCUGUCGAAAGUGCCGUGUUGACCCUCUGCGAAAAAUGGUGGCAUGCCAACGCUUAUGGCCGCGAUGAUCUCAUCAUGUCUGUCCUGCCGCUGUUGCUAGUCAAGGCCUACGGGACGGAACAAAAACCUCCACAAAAGUCAGAUUUGAAGCGAUUGGUCAAACUGCAAAAUGCCUUUUCCUUUGUGGAUUGGGAGGAUGAGCGUAGCGAAUUCUUGCGUGGUUUGGUCCUCAAGGUGGCAUCGUCGCCUCUGUGUCUCAAACUAACGGAAGGCAAACGCUUUGUGGCUGGAUUGUUUCUUAUUGAUUCAAUUCUGAUCCGCGACUUGCAUCAAUCCAUUCGAGCUCAAAUUCCAGAUGCCAAAAGACCCAUCUUGGAAGCCUACGGAGAAAUCUACAAGAGGGCGUGGAAAGAUGCGGCAUCCAAUGACAGCAAAGACACCGAUCAGUGCCCGGAGGACAUCCAAACGGCCAUUGAACAAGAUGUACUGCAGGAUUACAUGUACGCCAUUCUUCACAUGGAAAAACCAAAAAUGACAAAAGCUUUGAUGGUGGUACUGGAACCAUUUCACGAGGGCAAGAAAUCUAAGGACGUGGAGGCCCUCUUGCAUCGAAUGUAUGGCCCCAUUCUGUGGAGAGCGCUCAGUGCAACCCACCCACAAGUGAGAAUGAACGCUGCAAAGAUACUAGGCGAGGUGUUUCCUCUUCACGAUCCCUCGCAUCUGCAGCCGGAUGCUGAUUUCAAACGGGCAGCCGACGCUCUAAAGGCGCUUUUGGACGAUGGGUGCCACAAGGUGCGAGUGAUAGCCUCAGGAGUUGUGGCAAAGGUAUUGGGCACCUAUUGGGACGUGCUCUCCACAGAUCAGAUUCGCAUGCUGUUGACUAGGGUCAUGUCGCGACACACGUCGGAUGCGUCCUCCUGGCAAGUUCGGGCUGCGGCACUUGAUGCGGUUUCAGUGCUUUUGGAUUCGCCCCAGUGUCAUGCAGUUCUAAGAGGCUUGCUCCCAUCGGUGGCAAAUUUGAUCCACGACACCAACAAAACUGUACGACUAGCAGCUGUCAACCUGCUGCUAAAAGUCAAGUCUGUUCGUAGUAUCAAGUACUAUCACGUGGUGACAUCUGGCCAUUUGAAAGCUCGGUUGGAGGAUGAAGGACACCAAAGCAGCAGGACGAGCAAUAGCUACAAUCCACUCGACUUUCAUAGUCCAGUCGCAUCGGGGUUGACCAAACUAAUGCUCAACUCCUUUGUUCCGCAAGGGGAAAACGUGUCGGCAGUGGAUCAAAUCACGCGAACUCUUACCUUCAUGUCUGGAGAUCAGGGGGCAGCGCUAGUGUUCUUUGCCAAUCUGGCGGAUCAUCUUCCCAUGUCAGCCAUUGCAAAACUUGCUGUCAUGCUGUUACGAUGUUUGAUAUCAGUAGUGGAGACCGAGAAGCAACGCGCCAGCACCUCCAAACGACGCCGUUUAAAUGAUGUACAGAGUGAUAGUGAGAGCGAAGAGGAGGGGGAAAGUGAGAGCGAAGUACUAAAAGCUUCAAACACUGCGUUGAUGGCCACGAUAGCCGAUGUCAUUGCUUCGUUGUGGGAGAGUAUCGAGGCAGAUUUGGACUACGAAGACGACACCGGCAGUUUCUUGAUCGGUGCGUUCAAUGGCGACAGGCUGACAAACCUGCUAGAUUUCUUUGAGAAACAGGCCGCCAGUGAGAAAGACUCGAAAAGACUACACGAUUACGACCGAAUCAGUGCCGCGAUUCAUCGGUGUGCGGGGUUCCUUGAAGCCGAGGACACUGAGAGUCUGUUUUCUCAUGUAAAGUCUUCCUUGAAGGACUUAUCAAACCAGGAGCGGAGACCAGAGAAUCAAGUUCAGAAAGCGUCGGAUCACAUUGCGCUUCUGAGUCAGUGGAAUAUGAUUGAGGACGUUGCGGUUUCAUUAGCUUCGUCCAUCUUGUCAGGGUUUGACGAAGAGCAGUGUGGCGACAAUUUGCUAUCUCCAGAGUCAGUUUCUGACAGUUCGAAAAAGAGGAGCAGCUCCGCGAGAAAGAAAGCAGCUUCGGACAAACGGUUGGUCCCAAUGUUGAAUCCAGAUUUGGCUAUCGAUGUUUUCCACGCAAUCCUGAACGGGGCUGAUCCAGGCAACCAAGCGGCUCGGACGUCCCUGUUCUUGUCGAUCGAGGCGAGAGAAGCAAUCGAAGAUGCACUCGAUCAAGCAACCGCUUUCACAGGUCGAAUUCUGAGAGAUACAUCGUUGUUUCAAAAUCAUGAUCUCGAAGAGCGCUUGAGCUUCAUCAUCAAAACAUUUGAUGCCUUUGCUCGCUAUUCGUUGCACAAGGCUUCGUUUGACGCAUUGGAAGAAGGCGAUGCGACAAAAUUCAACUUGGAAGCGGAACAUUUGCUAGAUUGGACAAGCCAGAAUGUUGUCCCCGCCAUCCAGAAAGCUGGAAGGGGCGUUUCGCUGCAAGAACUUGAUUUGUCACGCAUCUCGUUUGUCAAUGAUUCGAUGGUGUCAUUGGAUUUAGAUACCACCCUGGACGGCGAGGUAGCGUCGCCACAGUUGACGCCUCUGGGUCCCCCCCGAAAGAAAAGCAACAUGAGCACUACGCCCGAAAGACUUGACGGUGCGUUUGAAGGGGUUGCGAGGGAACGCCGCAAAUCUACCCGCAAGGACAGCAAAGUCAUCCCCGGAGACGCGGCUUUGCUCAGUCUGAGGUGUCUAUCAACGAGCCUUCUCCAGUCUUCCUGUUUGGUGUGCUGCGAGUGGCUGUCCAUCGGAGCUGGCCCCGGGACAAAGAACAUUUCAGAGAAGGCCAAUCAGUGGAUCGCCAUCUUUGCACCAGAGGACGAGGAUGAGGAGGAUCGGGGCGGUGUGUUGGUUGAAACCUUUGUCGAUCUCUUACCAUCAUUUGCCAAGCUCGCGAUUACUUUGGGCGUCCGCGCCAAUGACUACACAUUCUUCCAGCAGUUCGUGGCACAGUGCGUCGCGGUAUCGGAUAGUAUCGAGAACAGCAAUGAUCAGGUGGAAAAAUUGGUCAUGGAUCUAUGUUCAAAGCUUUUGAAGGCCAGGCCAACUGAGGGCGAGACGCCUGUCGCUAAGAUUGUUCCUAUUGUCCUCGCAAUCGCCUACGAGGUUGCCCGAGCUGGUGCGUCUGGAGAUCUGGACGAACUCCCGUCUACGAUGCAAGACGUAGUCUGCGACAGCAACCAAGGCCUUAUGAUCGGUUCCGCCCUUCAAGCUGUCUUGUUGCAUAAGCAUGGAAGCCUGCUCCUGGCGCAGAAGGUAGCCGAGAGCUUCUUCAAUCAUGUCCGUCCUAACACCAACACGGGCAAGGGAGGGGGAAACGAUGAGGAAAACGUGUGCGCAGAGAAUGAAAACGCGGCAGUAGACAAAAACGAACCCGUUGAAACUAGCAAAGACGGCGAAGGAGAAGGGGGGACUGAAAAAAGAGACGAGGCAACGACGGAAUCAGGCGAAGCAAGCGAAGAUGACAACAAAGAGAAAUCGGAGGAAACAGAGAAUCUGGAACUGAUCCUUCUGUUCGAGGUUCGUUGUCUGUACCUCAUUUCCGACUCAGGCGCUUGCAGGAAGGAAAAGGCCAUGAAAGAAAUCGUGCGUGAUUUAAAAUCGAACCUUGACAGCGUGGACAAGGUUGUAUUGCCCGAAGGCAGCCCGGUUUAUGAUAUUCUUCAGGAGAUGACGCAUGGACUCGAUUAG